ACUAACUCAAAAAUGGCAAAAUUGUUCGCACUCUCGUCUGCUAUAUUGCUUGUUACCGUUGUUUUGGUGAGCAAUUUCCGCAAAGUUGAUGCAUUUAUUCCAAAUUCGGGCGCCUACACACCAAAUCUGUCGUACUUUUUCGGAGUUCGUCCGGCUGGCAACGUGCUGUGCUUUGAGAGGACCAUUCCCAAAGGAACCACAACACCGGUGAACGUGUAUUACACCAAUCCGGUGGCCGCAGGACUCAUCAAUUUCGUCACGGUUAAUGCUGAUCGCUACGCUAAAUACGGCUUCAGAGUGAGCAUUCUGAGUGGAGCGCUUGGAACGGUGACAUUGAACUUCCAGCUUACUGGAAAGGCCGUCCUGCCGUACAAUGUCGUAUUUCAGUACUGGUGCGUUUGAGCAGUUUAA